AGUCUCUCUGCUUAGAAGCCAUCAGCUGGAGAAGAACGAACCAACUUGGUGGGAAAGAUGGCGAGAGGAGCUCGAAGCUUACGAAAGAUCGCCGCUUGUGUGAAGCCACCACCGUCCGCGUAUAGCCGGGACGCACGCUCCGGGAGUCAUUUCAGCAGAUACCUACCAUCUAAUGGCAUCCCGAUGACGCCUCUCCCUGCCCUGCUGGGCGCCACCAUGCCUGUCCGCAGCGUCGUCUUUCCCACCCGUGCCUUCUUCAACAUUGCCAACACUUUCUCCAAGAGAAGAGAAUAUGCUGAAAGGCGCAUUAUUGGAUAUUCCAUGCAACAGAUGUACGAAGUGGUGGCCAACGUGGCGGACUACCGUCACUUCGUUCCCUGGUGCAAGAAGUCCGACGUCAUCUUCCAGCGAAGUGGAUACUGCAAGGCCAAACUCACCGUUGGCUUUCCACCAGUGACGGAAAAUUACACGUCCCUUGUCACCACAGUCCGCCCUCACCUGGUCAAGGCAGCCUGCUCGGAUGGCAAACUGUUUAACCACCUGGAGACCAUUUGGCGCUUCAGUCCCGGCCUGCCUGGCUACCCUCGCACUUGUACUGUGGACUUUGACAUCUCCUUUGAGUUCCGCUCGCUCAUCCACUCGCAGCUGGCGCACGUGUUCUUCGACGAGGUGGUGAAGCAGAUGGUGUCGGCGUUCGAGCGCCGCGCCACCACCGUCCACGGCCCCGAGACGCCCAUCCCACGCGAGCUCAUGUUCCACGAGGUGCAUCACACGUAGCGACGCUUUGACUGAAGAGUGGAAACAAAAAUAUUAACAAAAGCAGUGACUCAUGUUCUACCUAACAACGCCAGUGCCUUUCUCUUUUUUUUUUAUUUUUUAUUUUUUUUUUUGUGCUUUGCAUAAAUCUGGCCAAAGAUUCCAGCACAGAUUUAGUGCCGGAACAGGCAAACCUCGCACAGUCCGCUCGUCAAUUCCAUCAUGAUCAGCGUCUUGUUAUAAGCUCCGCCCACUGGAGGUGACAGGUUAGGGUCAAGGCAAUAAAACCUUUUGUCGGACACAAGAGACCACAUGGGAAUAUAACGUCUCCCCAUUUCAUUAGUUUAGUUCAAUUUAAUUGGAAUGACUGCAACAAGGGUAGCAAUCUUUUUCUUAUUGGGGCCAGUUCAGGUAAAAUACAAGAUAUGUAUAGUUUUUUUUUAGUAUUAUGAUGGGUAAUGAGAAUGUGAGUGUUAAAUGUUUUGCGGCUUUUGCCAUGAGGGGGAGAAAACAUGCAAGUUAAUUUGUUUCUUUGUAGUAAUAGUUUUUAGGCCAAAUGAAUCAAUUUGAAUGAUUUGAUGUGCUCCAUAACUUAACAUAUUUUGCAUUUUAUCUCCUGCUGAAAAUCCUACAGAUGUCUUAAGAAUCCAUGACUUAAAAAAAAGUCAUCAAUUUAAAACGUAGAGAUCCUGAUUGCUGUCAAAUUUUUGAUGAGUUUCAAUUAUAUCUGCCUUGAAGAGAUUCAUACUUGCAGAAAUGUAAACAUUCAGUACCUCCUCUCCAGAUGCUCGAGUUCUCUUUAUGCUUCUAUGUUAGCUCUGUAUACUUCCAUUGAGUUCUCCAUCUGGCACACCGACUGACUUUCACACUCGACAGGAGUUCAUGUUUCAUUUGUUUGUAAGAAUUGUCCAGUGGGCUGGAUCAAAUGCUCAAAUGGGACAUAUAAGUGCUGCAGGUUCUCCACCCACUGUGCUACGACAGAUAUGUUUUGUGUUGGAUCUCAGUUACUGACUAAAGCUAUUUCCAUGCUGGACUAAAGAAGUGCAGCAUUGUACAGUAUAUAGUAUUUUAUGUGCAAUAUCAGAAAACCUUUAUUUUAUUUCAUUGUAUUUUUCUAAGUAACAUCAAAAAGCAAGCCAGUAUGUUUGCCCGCUCGCAUAUUUAUCGUUCUUUUUAAAAACCUGCCCAUGUAUUUAUUGAAAUGUAAAUAUCACUUCAGGUUGUUUUUCAAAGAGGAAAAAUUGUGUGCGUGUUUUUUAAAAUAAGGGGCUGAUUUUGUGUUUUGAAAAUAGAAUUUGCAACAAUACGUUAUCAGCUGCAUGAUGUAUAAAGAUUUUUUUUUCUAAAAA